UUAGCGGAUAGAAGAGGGGGUGGUGCGCAGCAAACGAAGGGUGUCUUGUCUGUGUUUUUGUGUGUUGUGUGUGGGGUUUUUUUCCUUCUCCGUACCAGCCACAGCCAACCAGCUGCAAAAUUGCCACAUUAGCAAAACAGUUGGUGUGAAAACUUUCGCCCGACCGACUCGACUCGACGGCCGCGGACCUUCAUUUCUUUCCCUGCGCACAGUCAAGUUCCGAUGCACCACCACCACCACCACCGAGCCGAGGGAUACUACUAGCAAGGAACCAGAAGCCGUUUUAUAAUCUGUCCAGUUCUAAACAGUCCAGUGUACGAGGAGGAAUAGACACGCGGUUGGCCUGGAAGUGUUUUUGACGUUGAUGUUUUGUUAGUUGCAAACGGUUGAACGAAUUUCAAAGUCACUAAGCAAAGGCGCAGCAAAAAUGGCAGACGAGUUCGAUGCGUGUGAAUGCUUCUGGAGCCAUGAGCUCGCUAUGAGACGGUUGAUGUCGCUGCUCCGUCAAGGACAGUCGUACUGCAACGAUAACGAAUGCACCGAUCUUCCCAGUCUCCCGAAUGUAACCGGUGGCGCAAACUUUUUCCUAAUCGUCAUGGCACUGAUUUUUGUGGCCGUUAUGUACGUCCUGAGACCCUCGUCCAUGCGACGAUCGAACGACCUGAACAAGUCGCUGCCGCCUCCAUCGAACGAUGGUCCGAAUAAUGAUGGUGGUGCACCACCGUCGAUAUCCUGAAGGGAGCGCACGUUCAGCGGCCAACGAAAAGCACAACCCCGAACCUGAGCAUUUGCUGCCUGUUUCCACUCCCCCAUCCCAAACGACACUGCGCGGUGGUGGCUGGAGGUGUAUGUACGGUUCCGGACGAAUGUCGCAUCGCAUUUCCCGCUCUCCGCUUCUCUUCUAGACAAUUUUACAACACAUGGAAAACGCACGUUCGGGGGCACGUUCCUUUUUUACCGCAAAAAAACACAAACGACAACCCGUGCGCACACACACCCCUCCCGGAAGCGUUUCAAUGAUCCAAUCUGUAUUCUUUCUUCCAAUACAUCACUAAUAUAGUUCAAAUGUAACGUUUUGGUUGCACCUUCCCACUUCUUUGUUCAACCACCGGCCAAAAGCUGUGUUAAGCAAUUCAAAGUAAAUUCCUUCUCUCUAACCCACCCCAACACCCCACAUCGCUUCGCCCCGGUCUCCUAGAGGCUGUGCGCGAGCAGAUAAUGCAUAUUGUGAUUACUUUUUUUGUACUUGUCGUCUUAUAUGUCAUAGCCCUGUAUUGUCAACCGUUAUUGUGCGUGCAAAUAUUGUUUUGUUGUUUUCUUUUUUCAUUAACUUUUGUUUUAUCCCUGAUUAAGCUGCAAUAAAAUGAAUUGUACAAUUCAAACUGCUACUGUGCAACACAUCUCCCCGCUGCCCCGUAUUAACCGUGCUUUGAGCACGAUUGUUGGGGGCAGUUUUGGGUAUACAGGGUUUACCUAGCCAAUCUGGCGCCGUCAAAGCGUUAUCGGUCGCCGUAAAUACUUUUUCGGGCGACGUCAACCCUCAAUUGGGCACUGUCAUUUCUAUUCGGGCCUUGUGAAGUAUGAAUCGGGCAAAGUUCAGAAUGAAUUGGGCCUACUUUAUAUUUUGUUGCUUUCUAGCUGUAAAAUAAUACUUUUUUGCGAGUAGUUUAACUGUACUGUAAGAAAAUUCACUAUUUUUAAGUUUAGUUACAUAAAAAAAUAUUCAAAUUCCUUUUUUAAAAUUUUUAAUACAAACCCGUACAAUGCAAUUUGGUUUUAUAUUUUUAAAAAAAUAUAAUAUGUUUGGUGGUUAAAUAAGGUAAACAUUUGAAAAUAACACAUAAUAAGUUAAACAACAUGCAAAAUACGUAUUUUUAAACUGCUUCAUGGAUCAAACACACCGGAGCGACCGAUUUGACACCUUCAAGAGUAGGACGCUUUCAUUCUGUACUUUGCCCGAUUCAUACUUCACAAGGCCCGAAUAGAAAUGACAGUGCCCAAUUGAGGGUUUACGAUGCCCGAAAAAGUAUUUACGGCGACUGAUAACGCUUUGACGACGCCCGAUUGGCUAGGUAAACCCUGUAUAUAGGACUAGUGACACAAACGCAAGGAUACAUGUUUUCUCCGGCGCUGCAUCGGUGGUGCGGUGCGUUCCUAGGCAUUAAUGAAGGAAUAACUACUAUUGAUGGAUUGAUUGAUGUUUUGAGUGUAUUUACAUGAUACUAGAUGCAUGAGUAGUAUAAUUGUACCAACAGUUUUCUUCCUCCCCAAAGCGGGUACAUUGAGCCACAGACACACAAGCAAGCUCAUUCUAGACAGGAUAGCUAAUGCCCAAUUGGUACAAAAGACACGCGAGGGUAGCUGGAUAGCCAGGUCCAGCCUGCGAUAAAUGUUCUGUCUCAAAAUGGGAAAUAAAAUUCAAAAUCUUAAUCACAA